GUCAAAUGACAAAUGUCAAUUAUUAUCAUUGCUGAUUAGAAUGUUACAAACAGGAAAUUAACUUUUAAAAUAAGUGUAGUCAUCCUCAUCAACGAAAACUAACUAUUAUUAUUUUUUGUUAAUAUUAUUAUUUGUAAAUAUGGGAGAUCGAGACGAUUUUGAAGACCAACAGUACCCAGAUAACGACGAAUUCAUCCCGUAUGUGACAGCCGGUAACUUAGCUCAGCGAAAUGGCGCCAAAAUUAGCCUUUGGGGAAAAGUUACAAAAGUUUCGGCCAGCGAAGGUUUUUAUGUUAAAACAGUAGAUGACCAGGAAUUACUAAUAAGAUUGAAGAAACCAUUGAACGAACCUUUAGAAGGCUGGUACGAGAUACAUGGAGUAUCGCAAGGUAAAAGUGUGCUUUGUGAAGAAUAUGUGCCAUUGUCAGGUGAAAUGACAAAGAAUAUUGAUAUCGAAGGUCACAAAAGCUUGGCUAAGUUGCUAUCAGCACUCGACGAUCCGUGGAACUUAGGUAACGAAGAAUCGGAAGCUAUGCUCGGCGUUACACCCAUGAAAUAACAACUGGUUCAAGUUGGAGUAAAAUAAAUACAAUAAAUAUAAUAAUAUUAAAAUUGUUUAUUCACACACAUUUGUUAUUAUAAUACAUUAAGCAAGUUAAUUAUAUAAAUAAAGUUAUACAC